GCUGACAAUUCGGUAGGACCAGGUGCAAAAAAAUAAUGUCUGCCCCCGUCUGCAAAAGGAGAUUCGAAAAUGAGAAAAAUGGAGCUGACAAAAUGCAGCCGGCGGCAGGCAUGCACUUUGUCAAGCCGGAAGACCAAACCGCGUGUGAAAAAAUAGGCGAGUUCAUUUACGACCCCAAAAAGGGCGCGAUUUUGACCAGGACACCUUCAAGUUGGGCCAAAAUCUUCCUGUUUUACCUAAUUUUCUACUCAUGCCUUGCUGGCAUGGCUGUGUCUUUGAUGUACAUUUUCCUGACCAACAACAUAUAUGGAAAGGUUGGUCCUUGUUGGGAACUGAGCGAAUCGCGGAUUGGCACCAAUCCAGGCUUGGGGUACAGACCAAUGAGCCACCGCACUGUGGACCAUUUUUCACUUUUGAUCGUCGACACAAAGUUCCGAACCCAACUGCGGUACAUCAAGCAACUGGAUGAAUUUCUGAAACCCUACAACAACUUGCUUGGUCAGCACAGGCAAAUUUGCGACCACGAGCGCGUUCCCCAGAACAGGUCGCUCACUUCGUGCUCUGUGGACAUCUCGCAGUGGGACCCUUGCACGGCCCAGCACGGCUACGGCUACAACCAAUCGGCCCCCUGUGUCUUCCUCAAGUUGAACAGGAUUUUCAACUGGGUGCCCGAAUUUUACAACUCGAGCGACGAACUACCCGAGGACAUGCCGAAAGAUCUCAAAGAACAUAUCACAAAAGUCAGCAAUACAGAACAUGAAAAGCUGAACAUGAUUUGGAUUACUUGCGAGGGAGAAAUGCCAGACGACAAAGAGCACAUUGGAAAAAUCAAGUACAUUCCUGACCAGGGCUUCCCUGGAUAUUACUACCCUUUCCUCAACACCACCGGAUACUUGAGCCCUCUUGUUGCCGUACACUUUGUCCGUCCGCAAACUGGAGUUAUCAUCAAAGUAGAGUGCAGAGUUUGGGCCAAAAAUCUUUUAUACGAUAGGAGGGAAUUAACCGCUUCGGUGAAAUUCCAACUUUUCGUUGAAUAGAAGUUAAGGUUAUUUCAGUCAGUUGGUCUAGUUUCGCAAAAACAAAAUUUAUUUUCAUUGAAAAAGAUUAAAGUUUAUUACUGUUGAGCCAAAAUUAAAUGAAAUAUGCAUAGUAUGGUCGAGUAGUUUCAAUUUGUGGCAGUCUUGCUCAUUACACUUUGCCAUGAAAAAAUUUUACAUCAUGUUUUAUUUUUCCAACACUUUAAAUGCCAUUAUAAUGCUUUAGGUUAGAAUAUCAUAAAUUACUAUAAAUUUACUGGCACAGAUUAUUUUUUAGUCUCGAAGUGUCCCGCUCUUUCCUUUCUCUCAUAAGUCAUCAAAGUAUAUAAAAAUUCCACAGAGUGAGAUCAAACAUGCAUGUCAGAUUUUU